UGCUAUAAAGCGUCUGUGUAACUGGUUUAAAGGGCAGAGUUGUAAAAACUCCCAGGCAGUGUGGGAGGCAGGUUUUGGCUAGAAACAAGAAGAAAAAAAAUACAAAAUAAACAACAACAACAACAACAACAAAGCGUCGGCGAACGGAAAAACAAUAUAUAUAAAGAAAAAAAAGAAAUAACACGCUGGAAUAAAAUCUAACGAGAUCAUUGAGGAAGCCAUUAAACUACAUCCGGGAACCUCCACCAGAAUCGUGCUCGUGCCUGAUAGAGAAGACUUCCCUGUGGAACGAGGAAUCUCUUACCAGCAGCCAGCCGUCUUGUUUGUCCCAACCCGAACCGGUCACUUUACUACUGCCUAGGAGGUUUUUGCAACGCUCGGCUCUAGCAGCUCUGGAAGGCACGCGCACUUGCAACUGUGAAGCAGCUAUGCAGCUUGAAAUCCAAGUAGCACUCAACUUCAUCAUAUCCUAUCUGUACAACAAACUCCCUCGGCGUCGGGUGAACAUCUUCGGCGAAGAGCUCGAACGGCAGUUGAAGAAGAAGUAUGAAGGCCACUGGUACCCUGACAAGCCAUACAAAGGUUCUGGGUUCAGGUGCAUUCACGUCGGCGAGAAGGUCGACACGGUAGUGGAAGAAGCAGCCAAAGAGAGCGGGCUCAACAUCGAAGACGUCCGGAAUAACUUGCCUCAGGACCUCAGUGUGUGGAUCGACCCGUUCGAAGUCUCCUACCAGAUCGGGGAGAAGGGACCCGUCAAGGUGCUUUACGUGGACGAUAACGGCGAGAACGGGUCCGAGUUGGACAGGGAGAUCAGGAACAGUUUUAACCCCGAUGCUCAGGUCUUCAUGCCAAUCAGCGACCCUGUGGGGGUCUCCUCUGAGUCUAGCUCUCCGUCGCCCCCGUUCGGCCAGUCGGCUUCCGUCAGCCCCUCGUUCAUGCCACGCUCCACUCAACCUUUGACUUUCACCACAGCCACUUUCGCCGCCACCAAGUUCGGCUCCACCAAAAUGAAGAACAGCAGCCGCGGCGCUAACAAGGUGGCCCGCACGUCUCCCACCAACCUGGGCCUGAAUGUGACCAGCCUACUGAAACAUAAAGCCAUGUCCAAUUCCAUGCAUUCUCUCUACAGUCUCGGUCUCGGAGCUCCGUCGCAGCCGAAAGCAUCCGCUCUCUCUCCUAAUGCCAAGGAGUUUGUUUUCCCAAACCUCCAGAGCCAGGGGAGCUCCAACACCAUGUUCAGCACCGAGAAUCCUCUCAGCCUCAGCCCUCUGCAGUACAACAAUGCCUUCGACGUGUUCGCAGCCUACGGGAGCCUCAACGACAAGUCUCUCAUGGAUGGCCUGAACUUCAGCCUAAGCAGCAUGCAGUAUUCUAACCAGCAAUUCCAGCCAGUCAUGGCUAACUAAAGAAUCCAGAAUUUAUUUAUGAAUUAUUGUUGGCAAAAGGAAGGAGAUAAAAAUGACGCACACUUAAAAAAAAAAAAAAAAAAAAGACAUAAAAAAGAAUUGUGGAAGUGAAGGAAAAAAAAAACAAAAAAAAAAAACAAUCCCAAUCUAUUAGUCACUGAAAAGAGCAUGUGCCCAAGGGUGUUGUCUUACUGUGCCCCCUUGAGUUUGUUUCUACUAAAAGCUUGUUGUAUAUGUCCAAGCUUGGUUACUUUCACAUCAUUUUUAGAUUUUUUUUUUUCCCUAUUUUUGCCAACAAAGCACAAAAUUUUUUACUGUUUUAAAAUAUAUAAAUAAAAAAAACACAAAAACAAAAAAUAGCUUCAAGUUCUGGCCUCUUACAGUAUUUUCAAGUUGGUUAGAACUUGGCUGAUUUUUAAGAAAUUGGCACUAAUGAAUAUAUCUGGGGUUACUUGGUCUUUUUUUCUAAUUGUAUAAUUUAAUUGAGUACAGAGUUUGUAAAGUAUCAGAGUAUAUAUUGUUUCUAUGACACUGUAUUGCGUUUAUAUCUUUUUACUUCUCCAGUGAUCUGUGAUGGCUGCAGCAGCUUUAUGUAUGUGUGCGUGUAUAUAUACACAUGCAUAUGCACACAUACAUUGUUUUUUUUUUUUUUUUUUUAAUAAAUUAAAAAUAAAGAAAGAAAUCCACCUUUAAAAUAGAUUAAAGAAAAAAUCUGAAGGUUGUGUACAGGCUAUACUUUAACGUUGGAAAAGUCAGUGUAGGGAUAUUUAGGUUUUUUUUUUUUUUUUUUUUUUUUGGAGAAACAAGAGAUGUAUUUUCUGUUAAGAGUUGAAGAUUUUUGCUAUAUUAAAGACAAUGUAAACGUAUAUAUAUUAAUUUUGUACCUACAUUGUGCAAUACUUGAUAAAAUACGGUAUAACAAAGUAUUUUGAGUCAGUGUCUUACACGUGAAGAGGGACUGAAAUAGUUUAUAUUAAGUUUGUAUUAAAAUGCUUAAAAAAUA